AUGGCACACCGAAAGACUGAUGUCGACUUUGAUGAUGAAGACCAGUACGUUGAUGACGGUCCUGCUGAUCCUUCUGUGUCUGAACUAGACGCACUUCUUAGUUCAAAGACGACCGAUGUUCGCAACUUGCUUUCUCGUGGAAAUGUUGCUGCUGCUCUUCAGACUGCUUUGAGUAAUCCUCCCACUGGAAAGAGCAAAGAUGUUGAUCCACUCAAGGAACGAGCAACACAACUGGUCGUUGAGACUCUAGCUACUGUUAGACCCACAGACAUUCCUGCUGUUGUUAAAGAACUUCAACCUGCACAUAUUGAUGUGCUGAUGAAGUACUUGUAUCGUGGCAUGGCUUCGCCUGAUUUGUUCAACUCGGCAUUGCUGCUUUCAUGGCAUGAAAAGGCAUACGAAGUUGGCGGACUUGGUUCAAUCGUACGUGUCUUGUCCGAUGGGCGAUCCGUAUAA